AGCAUAAUAUCAAACUGCUGAAGCGUAUACAUAGUAUAUAAGCAAAAGGAAUCUAUGAGUCUCCAGUUCAGGUCUUUUUCAGUCGCUGAGUAUACUUUAAAACAUUUUAUCAGAGUUAAACUUGUUUGUUACGACACAUUUCUAACGAUGUCUAUGCCCGAGCAACCUGGAAAGUUGGACACUAACGCCUUAUUUCAGAAGUUCCAACUCUACUUUAACUCAAAAUUCGAGGCAUUAUCACAUAAUAACAAACCUCAGGACGACACCGAGCUGAAAGUAAUAAAGAACAAACUAGAAGCCCGGGAGCUCUCGAAGCCCGGUAACUCGGCACAGUACGCUUUCUGCGGCGAGCUAGAGAUUCUUCUCGGACGAAUCAAGAAGUCACUUCUACAAAAAAGUGACUUACAAGAAGUAUUUGAUACCAUCGCGAAGCAGAAGAUCUUAUUACCGAUCGCAAACAGAAGAUCAAGAUGGCAGACUCAAGUAAAGCCGGCUGGGUAACUGUCCAGCACUUGGAAAGCGGCGGCAAGAAAGAUCAGUCGGCAGAGGUGCAAAAGAAAGUCCUAAUCGCUGAAGAAGCAGCCCUGAAAGAUUUGGAAGGAAGGAAGCUACAGAAAAGGUCUUCAAGUUUUCGUAAAGCCCAAGAUGGGUCUUCGUACAAGCAUUAUUCUGCUGCUUCUGGUGAAAAUAAUCUUUUGCGAGGCUUGCCAAAUGGUGUGUGCUACAAUUGUAAGACAGCCGGUCACUGGGCCAGAGAAUGCCCCUUCGCUCCCUUCACCAGUCCCCACGGGUCAAGCCAAGAGCUCAGGCCGCACCUUUCAUCGGCUACAACAACUUGUAACGAACAAGCAGAUUUCGUCAGUAGGCUUAUUGAUUUGGACGACUGGGAAAUAAAGCCCAGCAUUUUUCAAACAAUUAAUGAUGCAUGGGGACCAUUUACAGUAGAUUGUUUUGCUUGCUUUUACAAUUCCAAGUUGCCCCGUUUCUUCUCAAGGUUUUGGAACCCGGGUCAUUCGCGGUGGAUGCUUUUGCACAGAACUGGGCAAAUAAAAUUGUUUGUUAGUUCCUCCAGUAGUAUUGAUUCCAGCAGUCCUAAAACAUUUACAUUUAUGCAACGGUAAUGGAGCUUUAGUUUUUCCUUGGUGGCCAUCUUCACCUUUUUGGCCAUUACGUUGGUCUUGUUAAAUAGAACUUGGAUGAAAGGAUUUAUCACAUUUGAAGGAUC